UACCAUAAUGGCUAAGCCAAUAAAAGUCUUGAAUUGCAUUAUCCAAUGAUCCAGUUUUUAAUAAUGAGUAUUAGCCCUUUGCAAUUCACUCUCACUGACAAGGGCUAGCACCUGAAACUUCAGCUUAAGGAUCUCUUCAUGGUGGCUGAUUUACAUUAUCAACUCAAUUUAUAAUACCAAAUUAUCUUAAAAUACCCCCACCAAUGCAGCACCACAGUUUCUUUUAAAACUUGCCCCUUUUAUUCAUGUCUGUAAACAGUUUAGAACAGGAGAGUUCAGCAUGAUCAAGUACAUGUAAGUAGCCAUAACAUGAUGUUACUGAUAACAUUAAAAAUUAAUGUACUUGAGUUCUGUUCUAUGGCAGAAUGAAAGCUUAACAACAUUUGGUUCCAUUUACAAAAGUGCUGGAAACUUGUUCUGUGAUAAUUACAAUGCUCAACAAAAGAUUUACUGCAAAAGACUACGAGUUCUGUGCCCUGAGCAUACAAAGGAACCAAAGAUCUCUGCCACUGAUGUUUGUGGCUGCCCUCUGGUAAGCAACGUCUUUGAAGAAACAGGAGAUUUCUGUCGCGCUUCAAAGAGAAGAUGUAUGAAACAUUACUGCUGGGAGAAGUUACGAAGGGCAGAAAUUGAUUUGCAACGAAUACAGCAGUGGCUAAAACUUGAAGAGGUAUAUGAACAAGAACGGUCUCUCAGAUACGCUGCCACACAAAGAGGAGGAGUACUGGGUCUACUGCUGCAUGAGACAACGUGCCAUGAAUAACAUAACCUCCAGCAACAUUUUGAAGACUUUGUAAUAAAUGUAUUAUUUUCUUCACAA